AUGGCUCGAAUCGGCGUUGCUCUCAUUGGAGGCGGGCUCUUCGCCAAGAUGGAACACAUGCCUGGGAUUAUGAAAUGUGAUUCUUUGGAACUCAAAGCCAUUUACUCGAGAUCCUUGAAAUCUGCCAAGAAUACCGCAACGCUCAGCACCAAAGGCCAGAUUGAUUUAUACUCGACAGAUUCUGGUGAGGGAAAAUCACUCAAAAACCUCCUCGCGCGUCACGACAUCUCUGCAGUAAUAAUUGCGCUGCCGAUAGCAACCCAAACGUCCUUCAUCGAGCUUGCGAUUCGGGCAGGCAAACACGUACUGGCCGAGAAACCCAUCGCCCCAGACGUAGAUGCUGCCAAAAAGCUUGUCGAUGCCGUCUCAGGACUCCAAGCCACCUACUCUAUCGCGGAAAAUUACAGAUUCAUUCCGAAGUUUAUUUUCGCUGCCAAGGAGUCAGAGAAGUUGGGCAAGGUGGAACAUUUCAGCGUCAAGGUUUUCAGCUUCAUGCCCGCCGAUUCAUUCUGGUAUGAGACAGAAUGGAGGAGAAACCCACGGCAUCAGGGCGGACCCUUGUUGGACGGCGGUGUUCAUUACGCCGCUGCUACAAGACUGUUUCUUAAAGGGGAAUCCAAGGCUACUAGUGUUCAUGCCUUGACGAACUUGACUCAGCAACACCUACCUCCAAUCGACACGGUCAAUGCUGUUGUCAAGACAGACUCUGGAGCUAGCGGAACUGUGCAAUUUUCAUUCGGUUCACGCAUGGAGUCGUUCGAAUGGGAUUUUGCUUUUGAGAAGGGGUCUGUGAAGCUUUCGGGAAACACUGUUACCGUAAAGCCUAUGGAUGGCGACGAAAUUGUCAGAGAAUUUCCUGAAACCAGCGGUGUUGGUGAGGAGAUUGCCGCGUGGGCUGAGGGUUUGGUGACUGGAAAGCCAGAUCCACGACAGUCUCCGCAGGAAGCAAUGGCAGAUGUGGAAUUUCUGGAGAUGAUGUUCAGGAGUGGUGAGGAAGAUGGCGCAUCGAAGAACUACACGUUACAGUAG